AUGUUUGCCCAGAUCCGCGCGCGCGAGCUCGAUCCCACCGGCCGGCUGGGCCAAGCCGCGCGCGGCGGCGACCCCAGCACCUCGGGGCGACGCGCGGACCCGUCGUUCGGCUCGCGCGUCGCCCCACAACACGACCCGGACGCGUCGUCGCUCGAUCGGUCCCUCGCGUCGUGGGCGGAGGCCGACUCGCUCAGCAACUGCACCGCCACCUACAGCGAGCUUCGACCGGCGCCCAGGUCGACCAUCGCCGCCGCGUUCUCCCCCGACGGCAGGACCCUCGCGUCGACGCACGGCGACCACACCGUCAAGCUGAUCGACUGCGCCACGGGCCGAUGCCUGGCGACGCUGGCGGGACACAGGCGAACGCCAUGGGUCGUCCGGUUCCACCCGACCAACCCAAACGUGCUGGCGUCCGGCUCGUUGGACCACGAGGUGCGGCUGUGGAACGCGAGGACGUCCGAGUGCGUGCUUCGGUUCGAUUUCGGCAAGCCCAUCGCGAGCCUGGCGUUUCAUCCGGAGGGGGACAUCCUGGCGGUGGCGUCGGGGCACAAGCUGUACACGUGGAGGUACGCCGCGGCCAUGCGCGCGGACUGGGAGGCGCGCAUCGACGGCGACGUACCUCGUGGUGACGCCAUGGACGCCAACGCCGUGCAUGCCUCAUCACGCGAGGGAGGACUCAGGGAGGACACACGGGACGACGCCGGUGGAAGCCGUUGGACCGCAUCCGCCGCGUACGUGGGCGGGUUCCCGUCGCGAUCGCGGGGCACCGUCGCGGGCGCGAUGGGUGCCGAGGGUGCCGAGGGUGCCGACCCGGACGCGCUCGCCGUGCCGUACAUAUCGCUGCGAACCAGACGGAGCCUGCGGGCGGUGCACUUUCACCCGCACGGCGCGCCCAUGCUCCUCAGCGCCGAGGUUAACGAGACGAGCGAACACGACACAGCUGUGCCGCCGCUUCGAGCGGUGACGGCGCCGCCGCCGGCGGGGGAGUGGGAGACGGCCUACGCCGCCGCGUCCGCCGCGGCUGCCGCGGCGAUGGGCGGGAACGGGGGCGGGCUCGGCGGUGGUGGUGGGCACGGGUUGCCGAGUAGGGGUGCCGAGUCCGGCGCCGACGGGGGCGGGUCGAGGACGACGUACAUCGCCGCGAGGUCGAGCAACCCGGGAUCGCCGACGCUAUCCUCGCGGCCCAGCGCGGACGCCGACGACCUCGACGAGCUCGCGAGGCUUCGCGUGCGCUCGCCCGCGAACAAUGCGGAGGCCAUGGACGUCGACAACCAACCCGGAGGCGAAGACACUCGCGGGGGCGGGGCGAGGAGGUCCAGGUCAUCGCGAGGAGGCCGGCUGCCGACGACGGCUCGGCAGCAGCUCUUCCAAACGCCGGGCGCGUCGACGAGCACCGCCGCCGCCGCCGCCGCGACCGCGGCGUACCAGAGCGCGCAGAACGCGCGCGGGCUCCGCGUCCUGGACCCGGGCGCCCCGACGGAUCAGGCGUCCCGCGAUGCCGCCGCAGCAGCCGCCGCCGCCGCGUCCGCCGAUCGCGCCGUCGACCAGCCGUGCACGGUGAAGCUCAAGAUUUGGCGCUACGACAAGAAAAACCCGCUGGCGCCGCUGAGCGACGCGAGGCUGGUCAUACCCCACGCGGUGCUGUGCAGCGAGAUGGGCGCGCACUUCUCCCCGUGCGGCCGUCUGUUGGCGGCUUGCGUGGCGUGCGUGCCCAAAGACGCGGAGGACCCGGCGCCCGGCGAGCCGAUUCCGCGGCUGGUGUACGAACUUCGCGUGUAUUCGCUGGAGGAACAAAACUUUGGGGAGGUUCUCGCCGCGAGAUCAGUCCGCGCCGCGCACUGCCUCACGUCCAUACAGUUCUCCCCGACGUCCGAGCACGUCCUGCUGGCGUACGGCCGGCGGCACAGCUCUCUGCUUCUCCUCGUCGCCGACGGCGGUUCGUGCAUCACCGUGCACACGAUACUCGAGGUGUACCGCAUCGCGGACAUGAGCCUCGUGCGGGUGCUGCCGUCGGCGGAGGACGAGGUGAACGUCGCGUGCUUCCACCCGGCGGCGGGCGGUGGGUUGGCGUACGGCACGAAGGAGGGUCGCCUUCGAAUCCUUCGGCACGAUAAGCCGCCGCCGAGGUCGGCGUCGAAGAGGCCGAUGGCGAUUGGUCGGUGCCUGGAGGAUGAGCUGCUCGAGGUUCUGGACUGGAGCGGCCUGGACGCGGACGCGGACGGGCUGCCCAACGGGAACAGCGGGUCCGACACGGACUGA